CCGCGGGAGGAAAGAGGCUGCGGCGGCAGGAGAUGCCCAAGUCGUGCGCGGCCCGGCAGUGCUGCAACCGCUACAGCAGCCGCAGGAAGCAGCUCACCUUCCACCGGUUCCCUUUCAGCCGCCCCGAGCUGCUGAAGGAAUGGGUGCUGAACAUUGGCCGAGGCAACUUCAAGCCCAAGCAGCACACGGUCAUCUGCUCGGAGCACUUCCAGCCGGACUGCUUCAGCGCCUUUGGCAACCGCAAGAACCUGAAGCAGAACGCGGUGCCCACGGUGUUUGCUUUCCGGGAGACGGCACAGCUGGUUAGGAAGAACACAGACCCUGCUGGCCAGAGAAGCGAUGUACAGGCACAGCCGGGGAAGGACUUCUCAGAUGCAGGGGCUGGGGAAUAUACCCCAGGAAGAAAGAUGGAAAUUCCACUUGACAAGCACCAGUUAUCCCCAGAUGCUGAGGCUUCUGAAAAAGAGGUCUCGUCUUACAAGACAGAGGAAGUCUCGUCCCGCCUCCUGCCCACCAGUCCCCCAGGGCAGAGAGGUUCACUUCCCCUCCCGGCAUCAGAUCACAGCUAUGCCCUCCUGGACUUAGAUGCUUUAAAAAGAAAACUCGUGCUCACACUGAAGGAAAACGAACGGCUCCGCAGGAGACUAAAGAUGCAGAGGGUGGCCAUGAGAAGGAUGUCCAGCCGCCUUCAGGCUCUCCAGGAGGAGAAGAGGAGAAAGAAAGCCCUGCAGAGGGACGAGCAACGUCCGGUAGCCUGAGCCGGCGGAGCUCCCUCUUUGGGAAGAUGGACGGUGGCCCGUUGCCUCUUCCAGGGCCCUGCUCCGUGGCAGCAGCAGCGGCUCGGCCCCACUGCUGCUGGCACUUUGGAAAGACUAGCACCCGUGGUGUGGCAGAGGAAAGGAGUGUCAGUAAAGUAAGCGGAGGGAAAAAAACUCGCUCCCUGCCAUGUUGGGUCAGAAAGGGGAAGAGCCUCAAACAUAUCUGAGUAUGAUUCCAUUCCAGCGUUUGUUUUCUUGCUACCACUGCAUUUUCAACAUGAGACUGAUGAACGUAGAAGGAGCUACCAGUGUGACCUAGGCUGCAAGAAGGAUGCUUUAAGUCAAGGGGAUGAGCUAGACGUGAGGGUGGGAGAGAGAACCAGGCAGGUUUCUUUUGGAAAGAAUGGAAAGAUCUGGAGAAAAGGAUUUUCUGAGGCAGUGCAUGAGUCUCGUCCUCUGUGGAGUCACUCCCGCCCAAGCAGGCACGCAGAGCUCCGCCUGGCGUGGGGUUUGCCGGUAUCCCACUGUAAAGUGGUGUAGACUGCACUCGUAUUCCUAGUCCGGGAGGUGUGCCUGUGCCUUCCACGAGGACUUUGCAGGUUUCCAUCCUUUGCUAAAUAGGAAUCGGUAGUUUUGAGUUUCCCUCCUUGCUCCAUCCAGGCUACUGUGGACAUGGAAAAAGUCUCAGAAACGGUUUCACUUUAGACCUUGUAAAGCAGGGGACAGGGCACAUACCUUUGACAAAAACAUUUUGCUUAUCAAAACCCCCCCAGCACAGUUGAUUGCCCCCCACCCCCACCCCGGGACUUCAAGUUCCUCGGACCAGUGUGACGUACGGCACCGUGACAGCCUCUUCCUUCUGUCCGUGCAUGCUGUGCUUUGUGUAAACAUUAGUGCCCUAUGUGCAAUAUGGCCUUGUGGGAGGCUGGAGGAGGCAGAGAUUUGUGCUUACAAAGCAUGUGUGAGACACCGUGGUUCAGUUAGAGAAGGGGUGAAAUAAAUCUGGAAGGAGCCUUCAAUGAAACCACUGCCUCCUUCCAUGGUCGUGAUUUUGAAAAACGAGUCCUAGCUCCAGCUUUCAGAAAGGGUUUAUUAUUGACAAUACAGUGCCUUCUGUACAACCAGCUUCAAACAAAAUGAAGAAAAUUGGUACCCGCGAGAAUCGUCGCAGCAAAGGGGACAACGGGCCGCGUUAAGUCAGAGUCAUUCGGCAAAGUUUAUUGCACAAUUUGUAUUAGCUUCAGGUCUAGGAAACAUUGUAAAAAUGGGCAUGAAUGUCACAGAAUUAGACAACCUGAACUGUUUGUUUUUUAAAAAUUUGGGGGAAGGAUCAUGACUGAUCACCCUGAUACCAAAGCCCAGGCAUGGAGAGCUUGAUUCUAGUAGCUGUGGGGGGACAGAAGGCUGGGCCCCUGCAAAUCCAACUCCUGCUCACGUGACUACACUUAGAACAGAGCCACACAACGCUGGGAGGUGCACAGGAACAAGGCCAUUCCACAACCAAGACCACAGGCCUGUUUGCUCACUGGACUGAUUACUACAGGUAACCUGGAAGACUAUUCAAGUGUAUCCUGGGUUCCUAACAUCUCUUGUCUCCACACAACAGGCAGGUCAAGAAAGAGGACCUUCUAGAGGGAACCACCCCACUUGUCCCUUAAGUGGGGAGGAUGUGCCCGCUGGCUAUCCCCAGGGCCACCUGCUAGAGGGAGGGAGCCCUGCCUGCCCAGUCCUCCAGGAAGCCUUGGAGUGCUUUUACCAGCUCACUCCAAUUGGCACCUCUCUACAACAUUGGCCAGUUUCGUCCCAAUCAGGUUAAUAUUUCUUCCUUGUCUCCCCAUGGCCUUCUCCUCAUCCAGUAAGUGGGCAGUGGUCCCAGUUCUCAGCCAGAUUGGCUGAAAACAUGGGAAGGAUCCAUGGUUUUCCAUGCAAUGUGUAGGAGAGACAGGUAAUCCCAGUUACACUGGGAGAAAGCUGAGUCCUGGGCCUAGGGAUCACAGCUUUAGUGGUAAUUAUAAAGACAAAUGCAGUGGGAAAGGCAAAGAUGUCUUCCGGACACGUUGGGUGUUCUCAGGUAACAAGCAUUCAGUAAAUUCAGAACUGUCUCCAAAUCCCCUUUUUGGUAAUCACAACAAGGCGUGGAGAUUGUCGGGAGGAAGCUUGUAUGGACGCUCGCUCACUUCAUCAUCGGGACCACACCGUGGCCUGUGUUUUCCUUUCGGUUUGCGUAGACACCUCAUGAAAGAGCCCUGAAACUUGGGGUUGAAGGGCCACUGUCAUUUAGAUGCCCGAGGACUUGACCCACGGUUCUGUGCCCACAGGUUCCUCUAGGAAACGGGCAUCUGUCAGCUUUGUGGCUCUAGCCAAGGGCAGGAUUGCCUUAGUACUACAGUACCCAUGAAUGCUGGGGUGGUCAUGUGUCCCUUCACAUAAUUGGUAAAUGACCUUCUACAGGAAUGAUACAAAAUAAAAACAUCUGUAGGUUUCUGUUU